UCUUGUCUAUGCGAUAACAAUACCAUGUUUUUCUCAAGGACUUUCUACUGCUUCGUCCUGUUUUAUUUAAUAGUAAUGGUCAAAGCUUAUACGGUCUUCAAUCCCGAAUGCUCCAGGCCAACUACAUCGUACAACUUUGUAUUAAACCCCGACUUUCGGGGCACUCUCGACAUCCUAUGGAGCUCGCUCUUUACCGUAUUUGCCUGCACCUGGACUAUUCAACAUCCAAACGUCCCAGAGCAACGCCGGGGCCGCUAUCCUGGAUGGAAAGGGGAUCUACGAUGGGGGUUAAGAGGGUUCUGGACAAGUAUCAAACUCGCAUUCUCUAUCGUCAUUGCGCCUGAGAUUAUCAUUACUAUUGCUACUAGCGAUUUCAUACUCGCCCGCCUGAGCUUUCGCGAUAUAAACGCCCAUUUCAAAGAGGACAAUGUGCCCUGGACUCUAUCCCAUAGCCACUUUGCUGAUAUGGGCGGCUUCGUCAUCCGGGUGGCCGACGAAACUGAAGCCGGACUCGUUCCCGACUCUAAGAUCUCCCACCACAACCCCUAUCACCUCUCUGCAGCUGAUAUCCUUGACCUUCGGCGAGAGGGACACAUUCGUCGCCUCCCUUCGAUAACCGAAGAAGAACUACACGACCGUUCUAAAGCCGACCCUGCGCUAAAGGCCAUCGCCGUCACUCAGAUCUUUUUCUCCAUGCUCCAGGUUACGAUCCGCGCCUGUCGCCAGCUCACCAUCUCUCUACUCGAGCUCUCCGUUCUCGCCUUCGCCGCCUGCGCUAUUGCUAUCUACGCCCUCUACUGGAAGAAGCCCAAGUCAGUCCUAUCUUCUGUCACCAUUCUCGAGUACAAGGGUAGCAUCCCCCCUGACGUCUUCAAUGUUCUCCAACAAAGAAAAAUCAAAAACCAAACCAGGAGCAUGGUACGGGUUCUCUUUCCCCCCGGGUUCUCACCCUUGCGCCGGAAUACCGGGUUCCCCGGCGAGCCUUUUUGUAACACAGGGUCUAAGUGGACGAAGGUUUCCCAGGGUACUGAGUGGAUCUUCAGGAUGUCAGGACUUGGGGCGGCCAUGAUCUUUGGGGGUGUGCAUGUUGCCGGGUGGAAUUUUGUGUUUCCAACAAGGGCAGAGCAGAUUGCGUGGCGGACCGCGAGUCUGUACACUGCAGCUUUCGGAGUUGUGAUUUACUUACUUUCACAAUCCGCCAGGGCUGGAUAUUACAAUGUAAUGCAGUGGGGUAAAUGCGUUGCUUCGUGGAUAUACUUGUUUUCAAGGCUCUUCAUUCUGGUUGAGAUCUUUAGGACGUUGUUUUUCCUCCCCCCAGAUGUGUACGUGUCCACAUGGACAUUGAAUAUUCCGCAUUUUUCCUAGAUGGGGG